UCAGCAAUUUCCAAGGCGAUGACCUCUGACACCCCAGCUCUCACUGAAGUGGUGACAUCAUAUCCUGAUACUGCUCAUACUGAACCAGCCACAGCCGAGCCCAGCAUCACCGGCCGAACACAAAGCCUUCCGGAAACCAACAGCAUCCCAACACUGGACAUUCGACACCCGCUGCCCAUAGACUCUCCUCCACCUCUAACACCUCCUCUUCCUCCCCCACCUCCUCCUGCUGCACUCAGCCCCGACCUCCCACCUCUGUCACCUUCAGUCCUGCCUCCACCUCUGCCAGCCAAACCUUUUUCUACCUCCAGUCCUUCUCCCUCGACACCACCUCCUGCUGAGAGCCCGCAGCGUCCCACCACCCUCAACCUAAAGACGCUGCCACGGCCUACCAUUAGGGAGAAUGGCGGCCCCCCACCGGGGUUGAACGAGGAAGAGGAGGAGAAGAAGAUGCUGGAGGAGGAUCUGAAGAAAUGUAUUGAGGACUUCAAAAAGAUCCGCUUGCCCAGAGAGUUUCCGGAUCGUAAGCGGCACUGGCAAAAUGACUUGCUCAAGAAGUACAAUGCGUAGAGCACUUCGCUGUGCUUAACGACUUAACAAGGAUUUUAUAACAAUGUUGUGGACAGUGGACUCCAGCUUUAUAUUCACAUUCCUCUGAGUCAGCAAGUUGACUUAAACCUCUAAUGUAGUAGCUUUUGCAUGUCAACAGAACUAAAUUGUUUGAUUAUGUAUAGCGCUUAGCUCGUCUAGCAAUCACACGAUUAAAACACUGAGAUGAAUCUUUUCCCAUCAUAGAAAACAACAUCCCUCUAGAGAUUGUUAGUGACACUUCUUCGUUCCACAUAUCUCUGUGGAGAAAUUAAAAGAAUAUUGAAAUCAUUUUAUUUUGACUCAGUCAAAGGAUAAUAUGUAAUGUUGUUAAUUGGAGCUUCCUGCCCUGCUCUCUGUACUGUAUCCACUGAUCAAGCAACUGGAAAAUGUAUGCUAAGUGUGACAUUCUGGGCAUUUUGACCUUGCUGAUGCAAAAUAAAAGAAAGAAGUGAAAUCUCUGGUGCUAAUCAUCUAAAAUAUCUCACCUCAUCAAUA